AGCGGACGUAAUAUAUGUUUCAAAAUGGCUUCAUGCUUUUAGCAUGAAUUUAGGUUUGUAGCAUCAUUGCUAGUGUUGGUCAUUAAAAUAAACAGUUAAACAAUUCAAAAGUCCAGCAGAAGUCAUCUAACCGAAGGAUUUAAUAUUUGAUCUGCUAUUAAGGUGGUCAUGGCGAGUACACUGGAUUUCAGGACCCACGUUGACCAGUCGUGCCGAUAUUCUGAGGAAUUUGUCAACAUUUACUAUGAUUGCAUGGACAAGAAGAGAAGGAAUUUGACUCGACUAUACCUGGACAAAGCCACUCUGGUGUGGAAUGGAAACGCAGUGUCCGGACAGGAGGCUCUCGCUGAGUUUUUUGAGUCUCUUCCCUCCAGUGAAUUUCAAGUUCUCACAUCAGAUUGCCAGCCAGUUCACGAACAAGCGACACAAGGCCAGACUACAAUGCUCGUGGUAACGUGUGGCCUUGUCAAGUUUGAAGGAAACAAGCAACGUUAUUUCAACCAGAAUUUUCUUUUAACGGCGCAAGCUUCACCCAACAACGACCAACCAGUGUGGAAGAUCGCCAGUGACUGCUUCAGAUUUCAGGACUGGAAUAGCUGAAUUGAACAAAUCAAUUCCAUUCCAAUUCUCCAUAAUUGUUCUUUGUAUGCAUUUUUAUUGUUUUUUUUUUAUAUAAAUAUAUAUAAUAAAAAAAAACAUAAGAGAA